CUUGUCUGGGUCUCGAGUUGUAAAUAAUUAGUUUAGUCGCCAGAAUGAUUCCAUCUCUGCCUCUUGUCUCCAGUUGGUUAGCCAUCCUGCUGAUCUUGAUGGAGCUGAUUGAGGUAUGGUCUAAUUGCUGCGCCUGUCCAUCUCGUCGCUGCAAAAUCCCGCAGUGGCCGUGCUGCGACAAAAAGACCAAAUGGUGGAAUACAUUUUUCGGUUAAGAAAUGGUUCUAUGGAAAAUAUUUUUUAAAAAUUGUAAAAGUCUGGUUUUAUCUAAGACACGCGCAGUUUGUUUUUUAAGACAACUAGUAUGUUAAUAAAAACAUUAAUUAAUUAA